AAAAAACCCCAUAUAUAUAUAUAUAUAUACUUAUUUUCAUUGCCCAGGUUGGCAUAGUAGUAUUCAACUCUUAAUUACGAUCGUAUAAAACAUUUUGAUUAACUUCGUGUCGGUUGAAUAUUUAGAUUAUUUAAAAAUUCAUUCUUUAAUAUUUACAAAUGAAUUGUCAAUCCCUUUUUCGACAUUCUCAAAUAAUUCAUAAAGAAAAUAAAAUUCGACAACUAUAUGAUAAUAAAUUAGUCGAAAAUCAUAUCUAUGUGAAUCAUAAACUUCAUUAUGAUUUAUUAAAUUAUAUUGCUUACCUUAAUUAUUUUAUUCAAAUAUUGAAAAUUAAAGAGAAAAAAAACAAUUCUUUUAUUUUAAAAUCAAGUAAAAAUUUCAUCUCUUUAACUGAAGAAGCAAAGAACAUUUAUUUUCAUUUAAAAGAUUUUAAGAUGCCAUUAAAAGAAAUUCAUAAUUAUUAUGGUAUUUAUAUUAAAGCUGAUAAAGAAUUUGAUAUUGUUAUUGAAGAUUUAAAACAAAUGUGGAGGACAUAUAAUAAUGAUAAAAAAAGAAGUAAUGAAAACAAUAAAUUUUGUGAUGCUUGUUAUCAUUUAAAUCUUGAAUUAUCAAAAUUAAGAAUAACAAUACAAGUUGAUAUAAAUAGAAUAAAUCUGUCGGGAAGAUAAGAUUUUUAUUGUACAGUAUUUUUAUAUUUAUUUAUUUUGUAUAGUUAGAAAAAAAAAUAAAAAAUUUAUAUUUAUUUUAUCUUUCUUUUUUUUC